CUCCACCCUCUGGCCUUUCCGGCACUCUCAAGCGGGCCAGUGCCAGGCGUUGUUCAAGCCCAGCUCCAGCCUCCUCCGGGCCCCAGGGAUUCUGCGCUGACGCAAUCCUGCCUGCCCGGAAAGCCGAGGGGGCGGCGCGUCGCCUUAAGGGCUCGGCCUCCACGCGGGCGGCAGCAGAGCAGGAGGCGGCGGCGGCGGCAUCCCGAGGCGCGCCGUGGUGGACCCAUCGUACACCGGCAUCUUGCUUUCGUGGGGCUCCCAAGGAGAGGUGCAAGGAUGGCCACUAGCACAGUGAAGGUGAAUGGGCCUGAGGUGGCCGCUGAGGACUCAGGCAAGACUGUUGUCAACAUCAACAUCAGCCAGGAGUCUUCGCUGUCCUACCUCUGCAAGGCUCUGGCAGCCAGAAGGCGCCCCCCCCAACCUGCCCCCAAGACUUCACAGGCCGCCGUCGACCCCCCUGCCGGGCCUCAGUGGAACGCGGAGCAGAAGAUGCUGGGGGGGACCCAGAUCCUGCUGGGACUGAUGUCGAUUGGCCUUGGAUGGGCGAUGAGCUUAGGGGUGUAUGACGGCUUGAUGCCAUAUUAUGAAUUUCGUUCAAUAUGGAAUUUUUCCCCUUUCUGGCUGGGGUGUGUGCUCAUCGUAGCCGGUGCUAUCUCUGUGGUGGGUGACAGACGCGGUGGCAGCUGGGUCCAUCUGGCCACCUUCUUCCACCUGGCCAGCUUCGUGGCUUGUGUGAUGGCGCUGAUUACUGGCGUGGGAGACUUGCCAAACAUCUACAACAAGCCCUACUACACCAGAGAUAUGUGCAGGAUGCAAAGGGAUGAACCCCGUUACAGGUCCUGGGACGAACCCACCCCCAGCCCCUGCACCUUCGACGAGAAGCAGGUGCAGCUGUGCGAGGAGCAUAUGUGGGCAUUCUGGAAAAUUUUCGCUGGUGUCCGGAUCCUGCUGUUCGUCAUCUGCAUCACGGCUCUUGGAAUCGCAGUUUUCUGCUUGGGAAAUGGCCUCCAACACAUCUGUUGCUCCCUGCUGAUGCAUGGUGAGAACUAUGCCCUGGUGGAGGACCCAGAAGCACCCCCUCCAUACGAGGUGCCGGCCAAGGAGGAGGACGCCACUGCCUGAGCUGGGGGGGGCAGUUUCCCUCUUGGGGGGCGAAGGAGCCUGCUGGCCCUGCUGGGAUGCCGCCUGCAUUGUGCUUGCCUGUGUGCCUGAGAGGGGCCACCUCACCCUUGUGAGCGAGUGGCCAGAAGCCCCGCUGGCCUUCAGCCUGCAUUUGCCCCCAGUGCUUAUCUUGAAUAGAAAGUUCUGAAGGAAUGCUUUUGCUGCAGAUUUACUCAUUAAAGUGGCUCUUGAAUUGAG